AUGCGACAAACACUGGCAUUCAACAAGUUGUGGUCGACAAAGUUACACGAUUCUGUCAAUUGUCUAGCUGUUGGAAAGCCAUUUUUGGAAGACUUUAGUGAAGAAAAUGACAUCUUGAUUGGCACAACAGCUGGACGCGUACUUAUUCUGAAUCAAACAAAGCCAGUGGAAUGCUUAUUAGAAACAAAAGGAGGAUCUAUUCAAGCCAUCAAGUUACAUGAUCUAACAGGCUUUGGUGAAUUGGAUCUUGCCGUUGGUGACUGCGAUGGUGUUGUUACAUUGUUCUCAAGGCAAAAGAUCUUGAGUAAAAGGGAGUUGGGUUCGGCUAUUACGGAUAUUGUUGUAUAUAAUGACUUGGUUGGAGGAUGUGAGAUUAUCGCAGGUGAUAUGAGUGGUGUAGUCACUAGUUUCCAACAACAUGAUGCCUUGUGGAAAAUAAAUAUAGCAGAAGAAUCGUUAAAGUUAUCUACAAUCGGAAUGAAAGGUCGCAGAUUGCCUAGUGUUCAAUGUAUGCUUUCAGCCAUUAUGAAGGAUAGAUAUGGUAUGGAUAUGGCCUGUUUACUUGUCUGUGAUGGUUGGCCCUUUGUCCACUUUAUUCAGGAUGGUGAAAGAUUUAUGUCAUUAAAGACACCCGCAGUCAUUCAAUCGAUUUGUGCAGGAAACUUUAUUGAUAUGAAUACUAUGCGAAGAUUUAAGCCAACCAGUAAGGCCAGAGAGAGCCAUACGAAAUUAAUUGAUCAGCAGAUCCUAUUAGGAGGGAAGGAUGGCUAUGUCUAUAUCAUGAUUAACUUUGAAAUAUACCCUUGGAUAAAGGUUGACUUUCCUAUUACAAACAUUCAAAGAUGGAGACCAUCAGAUCUCAAGGAGUAUGAAGUAGAUCUUUUAAUAUGUACAGGCCAUUCGAAUCAAGUACUUGUUUUCCAAAAUGGAGAGAAAAUAUCAACCAUACAAACACUAGACUGGCCACUUGCAGUAACUCUGGGGGACGUGAAUGCGGAUGGAAAAGACGAACUUAUACUGGGAUUAUUGAACCAAACGAUUGAUGUAUAUGAAUGUGAAAUCAAAUAA